UCCUUUUAAGGUCCUUUUUGAAAACGAUUUAGUAUGUCUUUUUUCUGCAUGCUUUUAAUGCAGUUAGGGUAGAAUUUUCUCUUGCACCCUGGGCAAAGUUAGUACUGUCUGUUACUGCUCUUGACUCAUGACAGGUUGUCAUAGUAACAGACCUGAUGAAGGCAGAGCUUCCUGAGUCUGUUUAGAGAUAUACUAUACAGUGGCAUAGUAGCUAUUAACAAUGCAGGAGAUAAUGAAGCAACUUGUUGAUUAGUUGUUUACUUACACAAGCACCCUGCAACUGAGAUUUUGAGGCUUGUUAUAACCAGUAGGCUGUUUUAGCACCUCAACGUUGGUCAAAGUGUUACUCUGUCUCCUCACAUAAGACACUUCUGUAAAGUUAUAAUUGAGGCAGACAGUGGUAUGUAGCCUACAGAGUUAUACAUCUAUGAUGCAGUAGUCUGCAUUUUAUGAAAACUAAACACAAACAGCCUUUUCAGCUUAUGUGACGGUGCAGCUGUGAAUGACAUCUGCCCUCAUUGUGGCACCCAGUCAGCCAGUAGACGCCUAACACGGAAAAUUUAGGUCAAAAUUCUGUGGUACACGAAGUUCAGAAUAAAUGCUUGGAUUCUACUUGACGCCCUUGAGUCAAAAUGUUAUGGUUAUGACUUGACAUAGGUUGGGUACUGCAAAACUCUCUAAGACACAGAAGGUAAGUUCUGAGACAAAAUUAUCUAAUGUAACCAGGUAGCCGGGGGGAGGGGGCUUGCACGUUGUGUAAGAGCCCCCACCCCCAUCAAAGUUGCCCGUCCCUGUAGAAGAAGGAAGAAGAUUGCAUGUGUUAACUUCAUGCAGGAGAGAGGCAGCCAUGAUGAUACCCAUGAACAGACAGACAGGGAUAGAGAGAGAGAGGGACAGAGAAAGAGGGACAAAGAGAGAGGGACAAAGAGAGAGAGGGAGAGAGAGAGAGAGAGAAAGAGAGAGAGAGAGAGAGACACAAACAAACAGGUAAGUGCCUCUCCAAGCUCAGAGUUCAUAGACUGAUGAUCUGUCUUAAUGUGAAUCAAUCUGACUUAUUAUAUAUCAUCUCUGAUUAAAUGAUAGCAGCUUAUGUUUAGAGGGUGUUUUGCAUGAGUUAACUUCAUGCAGGAGAUAGGCAGCUAUGAUUGUAUAUUUUUUUUAAAUAAUUUUGUGGAGUGGAGAUUGAUUAAUUUCAGUUUGACCGUUCAUGCCUACCUUUUCUUAUAAAAAAUGUUUAACUGUGUAUGUUGCUGGUUAUUAUUACAUUAUUACAACUGUAUUAUAAGUAGAACAUAUUAUGUUAGAAACCACACAUUAUUUAGAGCAAAAGUAGUAACAACCUGACAUAGGGAAAGUGAGAAAAAAUUGCUAGGAAAUUAUUCAUACAGUAGCAGAGAAAGAGUACACAAUGGUUGUUUAAUUGAGUAUAUCCACAUUAACAUUCACACUGGUUUUCAGCACAGUAUGAAUGGUCAUGGCCCUAAGACUGAUUGGACUGUACCAGAGUAAGUGACCCUCUGUAAGGCCCCCCUUAGCGGUCUAAAUCUGCGAAACCAGAAGCCAUGACACAACCCAUGCCAACCAGUCUGAGUGAAACAGCAGACAUGAUAACCCCUGUUGUUUGCGACGUGGAUGAUGGAUACUUUGAUGCCAUACUAGGAGCUGUCAUUGCUGCUGUGGUCCUGGUGCUUCUUUGCUUGGCAGUGGUAGUGAUUCGCUACAUGUACCGGCACAAAGGCACCUACCACACCAAUGAGGCCAAGGGCACCGAGUUUGCCGAAACAGCGGAUGCGGCACUUCGAGGCGACCCGGCUCUGCAGGAUGCCAUGGACGAGAGCAAGAAGGAGUACUUCAUCUGAUCUCAGGAGCGGCACCCCCUGCUGUUUACAAUGAACUUGGUCUGCCAAAAUAAGUGUAUUCUGGGGUUGGAGGAUAGAAAAGCUUGGAGAGGGGGUGAAAAUCGCCUCACCAUACUGAUGCUCAGAGUGACUGUUCAGACAAUCUACCAAAGAAACAUCAGAUGCAUCUUACAAUAAUAUCAAUUCAGUAUUCUUCCCCCUAUCUGUUUCUUUCUCCAAUAUAUUUGGCAUAUCACCAAGCAUAUAUACUUUUCAAAACACUGACUUUGCUAUUAGGAGGCUAUAUUUUUGUCAUGCAGAAGUGGGGAACAGUGAGGAAAAACGCUUCUUAUGAGGAUCUAAGGCACCCAUAGACACCUAUGCCUUCUGUGGAAAAAGCAAGAGUAUUCCUAGAACACAGAGUUGUAAGUAAUGGACCCUUCUCAAAAACGUCUAUGAUGAAACUCAAGGAAGUGAAUGGAUGUAGAAUUUAGCUCACAAAACUAAUUCUAUUUUCUAAUGGUAUUGAACCCAAAGCAAAAUCAAUUUUGUAAUGAAGAAACCUCUCAAUAAAUAGUAGGAGGAAAACAUGGAACAAAUUAUGUCGAAGGAAGCGACUUUUACUGUACGAAAUUAAUCACCAAUGGGCCCGUACCAAAAUCCUGAAUAUGCCUGGAUGCUCCCGGAAUUACUUUUCAAGAACUUUUGUUUGGAUUGUGAUUGUCAAUUUGUGAGUGUUCAAGGGAAUGGCUUUAGCAAUGGUUAAUAACUAGUUAAUUACAGAUCCAAAGAGAUAAAGUGAGAGCUGAACAACCUAAAACUGCAGGAAGACCUUGCCGGAUGAGGUUAGUUGUGAAUACCAAAGUGAUGCUCUGUCUUAGACAGGGAGGAUCAGGGUUCAAACAGGUUCCUAAUGACAUUUUCUCACUAGUAGCCGAAAAUCAAUUCCAAGUAUAUUGACAUGCUAUUUGGAUAGCCACAGAAAACCAAACAUAUUGUGGUCUUCCCAUCCUGAUUUGGGCUUAAUAAAUUACACAAACUAAAAGUAUUGUGCGGUUUGUGUCCAUAACAUUUUUUGCAUGAACAUUAUAGACCUGACAUUUUUUGGAUUGAUGCAGAAAUCAAUGAUGACUUUGUGAGCACCAGAGGUUCCUGUAUAAAUGUCUAAGGGUGGAUAAGUGUUGUGAUCUGGUCAAAGCCGUAACCACUAUUUGUGGGUCUAUUUCUUGGAACACUGUAAUGAUGCUUUUUAAAUUGCCUUGCUAAGGAAAAAUAUUGAAGUACAACUCAUUCAGCUGUAACUGCACUGCCUCAGUAAAACGACAACUGCAAUCAUUGGAUAUUGUCUGUGAUGUUCCGCCAGGAUGAUACUAGACAAAAAUGAGAACACCCAAGGAUUUUUUAUUUUUUUGUCAAUUAAUUUUAUUGUGGUGGAAAUGGCAACUGAAAAUAUGCCCCCCCCCCAUUCUCCAAAUCUCAUUUCAAUUCCCCAAACCCUUUUUCUCUUCUCUGCUGGCUUUGAUUAAUGUGAACUUUUCUUUGUCUCCAUGAUUGCCAAGUUCAAAAAGAAUAGAAAGGACCGUUUUCUUGAUUCAAAAAAGAAGGGCCAAUGCAAGAUGGCUCCUCUGCAAAUUAUGCUUUGAUAACUAGUGCUGAUGCAAACAAGUAUAAGACACAUACGCAGCAAUGUAAUUAUUCACUCUCCUGAGGGCGGACACUUUUUUUUUAGAUCACACCUUAAAUGUAGUGUAAGACAAUUGCUACCAAAAUGUAUUUAAUCUCUGCUGAAGAUAACGAAAUUCUCUCCAGCUUGUAAUUUCCUAACACAAGAUAAAAAUGAGAAGACUUGUAGUAAGAGGAUGCAUGGCUAUGCCAAGGCAUAGCACUUAACAGAAGCUGUUCCAGAACUGAAGAUACCUUGAUCCCGGGAUUGUGCAUCAUUUGUUUGCUUUUGGCCCUCUUUGCAAUAGUGCAUGUCGUUGACUUUCACUAUAAGUGUAUUUCAUACAUUAAUAGCAGCUUUCAAACUGAGAGCUCUCUGUAACUACAGUUCAUUUUUGUUUUUUCAUUCUUAACUGACAGGAGACCACUGACAUUGAGAAACAGAGAGGAAAGAUCUGAGCUAGCCUCAGCGGCAGUAAGAAAUACAACUUUACUCUCUGUUUCUUUUGCACUGUGGGAUUACCAGAUUCAAGUGGCAGGAAUUUACUCUUUACGUCCCCUUCACCUUGAAUGUUUUUGUUAACUGUUGAAUUAUUCAUGUUCACGCAUUAUUUUGAAGCACAAAUGUUUUAUUUAUUUCCACGAGGUAAAUCCAACUAAAAGCAAAUAAAAGGCAUUCUAAGUCAA